UGUACAGGAGAGAGAGAGAGAGCGCGGGCUGACAGUGUGAGAGAAGGAGAGAGGGAGCGAGCGGCGGCUGGUGGUGGUGGUGUGUAGAUCAUGCGCCAGGCCUGCUGCUGCUGCCGGAGGAGGCUCGGUGGAGGUCUGCUGCUGCUGCUGGCCGUGUCCGUUGUGUGUGUCGGGGAUCCGUUCCUCGGCCCGAGGGGCAGAAGAUGAGCUCUGUGAUCGGGAGAAGAGCUGCUGGAGGAGGUGGAGGUGGUUUCUGCGGUUUACUGUUUGUCGUCCUUUCCUGUCUUCGGGUUCUGCAGGCGCAGGAUGAGAACCAGGUGGUGUUCUCUCUGGGGACGUUCCAGAACGUGAGUGUACCUGUGAAUGGGAGUGUGCAGGCGGUCGUGUCCCGAAUCCCUGCUGAUGUGGCCUUCAUCACACUGCAGUUUCACACUCAGCACCGCAAUGCUACGCUGUCUUACAGAAGUGUUCCAGUGUAUGGUUCUUCACUGACAGCAGUCGACUCCGGGCUUCUGUUUCUCCUCCUGCCCUCUCAGACUUCUCUCUCCUGCUACCUGCUGGCUCCUGAUGGAGAUCCUGUUGCAGGCACUGGUGUUCUGCUGCCUUACACAAGCGCUGAUCCUGUUCCUGGGGCCUGUAAUCUGGAGUUCCCUCUGGAAAAUGACCCAAACAUUUACCUGCGGUACAACCUUUUUGAGACAACCAUUCGCUUUUCUGCUGCUAACAUUGGACAUGAAAGAGGUGUCUCUCCCCCUGCCUGUGAUGUGGAUACCGGCCCGGGCACUCGCUGGCGGUUAGAGUACGAUGUGUAUCAGUACUUUCUCCCUGAGAAUGACCUAACAGAGCAGAGCCUGAUCAGCAGCAUGGAGAGGGCUGCCAUUGUGUCCAGCAUGAUGGAAAAUGGGAGAAAGUUGAUGACCUUGUCCUCCAGGGACAGCACUCAAGUGUCCUUCAAUUCCAUCCCGGGACAGGGUGUUAUAUACUCCAUUAUAGUGAGAGACCCCCUCACCAACACCUCAGCUUCAUACAUCCCUGUUCACACCUACGCCUGCAGCUUCAACUCCACUCUAGAUGGCUGCACUACGUUAGGGAAAAUAUCCACCAAAGUUUUUUUCACCAUUGCAGGACUUGCAGGACUCUUUGUAUGUUUCUUAGGGCAUCGUUUUUUCAAAUGUGAGCUGUUCUGCAUGGGUUUUGGCUUUGCAGCUUUCUUCUUCUUCGUGCUGAUCACAAGAACCACCAUGCUGGAUUACAACAUUCGUCUGACGCUGACAGCAGUGAUGGGCGUGGUCGGGGGUGUGAUCUUGGUGAUGACGUGGUGGCGCUUCGGUUCAGUGAUGGCGUGUGUCGUGGUGGUCGGACUCAUUCUUGGAUUUCUCGUCUCAUCAAUUGUCUUCUUCACACCACUUGGUGACCUGGCCGUCUUUCGUAAUGACGUGGUGUUCUGGGGGACGUUCAGCUGCAUUGUGCUGGUUGUGCCCCUCUUCUUCAUACGAUUUCCAAGAGAGGGUAAUAUAAUCACAUGUGGAGUGGUGGGUGCAUAUACAGUUGUUCUGGCUGUGAACGCUUACACCUACACCAGCCUGUCCUACAUCACUCUGGAUGUCCUCAAACGUCUUCUCAACAACAACUUCAGCAGAGCCUUUAUCACAGUGCCUCUGCAGAAUAUAGAUUUCAUCAUGAUCACAGUAUGGGUGGUUCUAGCUGUCUCGGGCAUCGUGGUGCAGCUCUACAGGGAACGCUCGCGACCCUUCUUCCCACCCAGCCCGUACGUAAUGUGGUGCCAGGAGCGAGAGCGGCGGAAGACCAACGUGCUGGACCCGAGCCACCACACUCCCGCCUUCCCCGCACGCCUCCUGGCCCGCCUUCGCCAGCUCACUCGACCUGCUGAACCUGCCGGCGAGCGCACGCCCCUCCUGCUCUGAUCACCUCUGUCUUUCACUGAGAGAACAUACUGUGGAAGAUCCACUGAGCUCAUACUCUAUUCCACUGCUGGAUGAGGACAUGAGGAUGAGUGGUGAAGACAGGAGGACGGGUCCUUCAAAAAGACCCAAAAGAGGCAGGAGGUCCUGCCAGGCUACCAGACCAGGAUACACUCCAUUCAGUUGCCUGCACACGUACACACAUACACAAAUACACACGCUCCUUGACUGUGCUACCAAAUUAGACCAUCUGAAGAAACCAGAAAAUUUCAGAGAAUUCCAGGUCAUAGCUUGUCUGUGGGCUGGUUGGUCACCUUGGUACGAUUUUGGUCAGCACCCUAAACCAUUAUCUUCAUGGUGAAUUGUGAGAAAAUGAAAACUAAUUGUGUACCAACAGACACAAAUUCAAAUGUUUUAUAUGGAAAAUGGCAAAUGGAACAUGUUUAAGGACUGGGCUGUUCCUAAAAUAAGGGCUUUGAUAGACUAAGUGGAGUCUUAAGUACAAGUCCAAAGGUUUGACCUUUUUCCAUGGCAGAAUAAUUAAGGUUGCUAAGGUUGUUUUUAACCCUUUUUUUUCUUCAUUCUAAAAAGAAAACUACCUAAAAACAGCUUCACUCAUCUUACUAUGGUGAUGAGCUUGUCUCAGAUCAUUUUUAACUUUGUUAACUCUUUACCUAUUUACAGAAAAAUAUCCCUUCAGAGUAUCUAGAUAUUUUAAAGCAUUUAUGUUACUGUUUAUAUCUUUAUAUUUGUACAUAUUUUACUAGAGAUGAGUCUCCCAAAAGCACAGAGUUCACUGUUAGAAAGGAGGGUGAGAAUCACUUUGUACACUCUCGAGUUCUCUCAGUCUUAACACUGUGAUGCUUUUGGGCCUAGUUUAACCUUUUCACUUUUGUGUUUUUUGUCUCAGAAUGCUCCUGCUUAGCCUGCCAGCAGUUGUUUUUUAAAGGGGCUGUAUCACGGGCAACUUUCAAAAGCAGCCAAAACAGACCAAAGUCCAGAAUGAAGAACGUGGAGGGUUUUUCCCGUCCAGUUGCCUUUUUUUUAAACCAUUUCUGGAGUCUAGAGAAGUCUUAUUGUUUUGAUUUAGAUUGUGCCACCAAAAUCACCUGCCUGAUUAUAUGGACUGUGCCCACAUAGUGACGAGGUUUUAUAAAGCAGAUUAACUGCUGAAUUCUCAAUAGAGCUAUUCCUGGAUUGAGAUGACCUGAGGCGUCUGUCAGUUAACUCUCCUGAUAACUGUGGAUCCUGCAGGUAAACUUCAUUUCAGGAUGAAAUUACUUUUUUAGCCUUUGUACCUUUUACCUUGUUACACGAGAGGCUACAGUUAACCUCUACUGAUUAUUUUUGUUUUGACACACUAUUGUUUUUGUGCACCAAGUAGAGUAGUUAAUUUUAGUUUUUAUGUAAACAUAAACAUUGUAGCAUUGUACUACUGUUUAAUUGUCAUGUGGGACUGAUGAUAAGGCUGUUUGUUCUUACUGCAGAAAUUUGCACAUCCUGGAGAUUAUUGGGAAGCUAUAGAGAUAUAUUAUAACCACUUGAAUGUUAUAAGGUCCCGUUUCCCCCUGCUGAAUGUUUUAAAAGGCACUUAUUUAGAGGAGAAUGCUGGUUCACUUCUUAUAACUCUGAAAAGUUCUCUUCAAAUGUCCAGAUUUGAAGAUCUGAAAUGUAGAAUUUGAUUACAGGAAAGUGGAAUGGGGAAAUGAAUAUAAUCACUGCCAGUCUAUUAAUUUAUAUACUCAUUUAUAUGUUCUAUAUGGUCCCUUUGUAACUGCCACUUUAGAUGUACUGUUCGAGGCCUUGAUUUAUUUGGGUGCCAACUUUUGUCCUCUCAGGGUUUUUGCAAUAAUACCACUGAAUGGCAUGCCACCCUAAUUUAAACAAAGUCUAUUUUUGCUCUCUCAGAAAUACAGACAGCAAUGUUGUAGCUUCAAACAAACUGCCUACAGCAACAACAUCUCGCUUGAAUUUUCUGUCCAAGCUGAAAUUACAGCGUGUCAUUGUCAUUUAUGGCUGUAAUUUUUGUAGGUUUAUUUUCUUUUCUUUUUGUUCCAAAAUGUAUAACAUUUAUGGGUACCAAUUUAAAAUAAGACUACCUUUAUAAAGGGUUUAAAAAUUUAUCACAAUUAGUUUAUUGAUGGUUACUAAUUAGGUUGUAAAAGCCUUAAAAAUCAUUAAUAAUCAGUUAUAACACAUAGAAAGGGCAUCAAUGAUCUGUUGUUUGUCAAAUAGUGAACCCACAGCCGUCUUUAUUGUUGCCCUUUCUAUGUAUGUGUUAUAACUGAUUAUUAAUGAUUUUUAGAGCAUUUACAGCCUAAUUAGUAAUCAUUAAUAAACUAAUUGUAAACCAUUAUAAACCCUUUAUAAAGGUAGUCUUAAUUUAAAGUGGUACCCAUUUAUGUUUCAAAUUAUUUUGUAAUACCUGAAUGUAAUAAAGUUGUAAAUGUUACAUGUAUCUUGACUUUCUGUAUCACUCUGUUUAUGUGACACAGUUUGUGUAAAUUGAGUUCAGUCUGCUACUGGACAUGGUUUCACUAUCAAAACUACAUUAACAAUCUUUGUCUUAAAGAUUAAAUUCCUCAUAUUAUCCUA